GCCCCCGGCGCUGCCCACGCCCUCCGCCCGCCCGGCAGCCAGCGCCGCGCCGGGCCUCGCUCCCCGUGCGUCCUGCGGGGGCGGCGGCGCGGAGAGGCGGCAAGCGCAGCCGGGGAGUGGGGGGCAGAGGCACAGACAGAGGCGCGGAGGCUCGGAGAGAGGAGACGUGGAGGGAGGGACGGAGCCCGGACAGCGGCGGACACGGCAGCGCGCGCCAGGCGCCGAGCGCUGGGCACCGAGAGGGGCAGCCCCUGUGGCCUCCGGCCGUCCAUGCACAGAGCGCCCUCCCCCACAGCCGAGCAGCCGCCGGGCGGAGGGGACUGCGCCCGCCGGACCCCGCAGCCCAGACCCAAGCCCAGUGCCCGAGCCAUGGCACUGCCUCGGACACUGGGGGAGCUGCAGCUUUACCGGGUCCUGCAGCGCGCCAAUCUCCUUUCCUACUAUGAAACCUUCAUCCAGCAGGGAGGGGACGACGUGCAGCAACUGUGUGAGGCUGGCGAGGAAGAGUUCCUGGAGAUCAUGGCACUCGUGGGCAUGGCCACCAAGCCCCUCCAUGUCCGCCGCCUGCAGAAGGCACUGAGAGAAUGGGCCACCAAUCCAGGGCUCUUCAGUCAGCCAGUGCCUGCUGUGCCUGUCUCCAGUAUCCCACUUUUCAAGAUCUCUGAGACUGCAGGCACCCGGAAAGGAAGCAUGAGCAAUGGGCAUAGCAGCCCAGGGGAAAAGGCAGGCAGUGCCCGCAGUUUUAGCCCCAAGAGCCCCCUUGAACUUGGAGAAAAGCUGUCACCACUGCCUGGGGGACCUGGGGCCGGAGACCCCCGGAUCUGGCCAGGACGGAGCACUCCAGAGUCCGACGUUGGCGCGGGAGGAGAAGAGGAGGCAGGCUCUCCCCCCUUCUCCCCACCUGCAGGGGGAGGAGUCCCGGAGGGGACCGGGGCUGGGGGGCUGGCAGCAGCUGGGGCUGGGGGUGGUCCGGAUCGCCUGGAACCAGAGAUGGUGCGCAUGGUGGUGGAGAGUGUGGAGAGGAUCUUCCGGAGCUUCCCAAGGGGGGAUGCUGGGGAGGUGACGUCCCUGCUGAAGCUGAACAAGAAGCUGGCGCGGAGCGUGGGGCACAUCUUUGAGAUGGACGACAGCGACAGCCAGAAGGAGGAGGAGAUCCGCAAAUACAGCAUCAUUUACGGCCGUUUUGACUCCAAGCGGCGGGAGGGCAAGCAGCUCAGCCUGCACGAGCUGACCAUCAACGAAGCUGCUGCACAGUUCUGCAUGCGGGACAACACACUUUUACUGCGGAGGGUGGAGCUCUUCUCCCUGUCGCGCCAAGUGGCCCGAGAGAGCACCUACUUGUCCUCGUUGAAGGGCUCCAGGCUUCACCCUGAAGAACUGGGAGGCCCUCCACUGAAGAAGUUAAAACAGGAGGUUGGAGAGCAAAGUCACUCGGAACUCCAGCAGCCUCCACCAGGCCCUGAGUCCUAUGCACCCCCAUACCGGCCCAGCCUGGAGGAGGACAGCGCCAGCCUGUCUGGGGAGAGUCUUGACGGACACUUGCAGGCUGUGGGGUCAUGCCCAAGGCUGACGCCGCCCCCUGCUGACCUGCCGCUGGCAUUGCCAGCCCAUGGGCUGUGGAGCCGCCACAUCCUGCAGCAGACACUGAUGGAUGAGGGGCUGCGGCUAGCCCGCCUCGUCUCCCACGACCGCGUGGGGCGCCUCAGCCCCUGUGUGCCUGCGAAGCCGCCUCUCGCAGAGUUUGAAGAAGGGCUGCUGGACCGAUGCCCCGCCCCAGGACCCCAUCCUGCCCUGGUGGAAGGUCGCAGGAGCAGCGUCAAAGUGGAGGCGGAGGCCAGCAGGCAGUGAGGGGUGCGCUGGUGUCCUCAGACCCAGGACUCGGGCUUCUGGCUCACAUGGACUCUGACAUUCUCCGUCCCUGGCAUCUAGUCACAACCCUGGAUCCUUCAGCUGCCCUUCUCCUGCCUCCCCACCUGCUCCAUGGGCAUAGAACUAUGGGGCUUCAAGCAAUAACGAGCAGGGGCCUGGCAAGAGGACACAAGGAGGGUGCGUGGUGCCCCUUCACCCUUGCCUAGAGCAAGGGGGCAAGGACUCUGUCUCCAGGGUAUCUGGGGUUCUCCCCUCCCUUACACAACACACUCCCAUUCUCUGUAGCUUGAACCAGUGGUAUGAGCAGUUGGAUUCAGUUUGGACAUGGGGGAAAGGGGACUUCCCUGGGAAGGUCCAACAGCUAAAAAUGGCAAUGUUUCCCCCCAGAACUGGGGGCCUGGGAACACUGGACCUCCUCCUCCCCUCUGCCCCCCCAUUUUUGUGCUUCUAGUUUGUUUCUUUAAUUUAACAAGUGCUGCAGUUUGCCCACCUAUCCCCAUCUUUCCCCCAAGUCCUCAGCAACUUUUUCCCUCCUGCCCUCUUGGGGGGUAGGGGGGAGGGUGAAUGUGGGGUCCCCUCAACCGGCCCCCUCAGGAGGCCUGGGUUGGACUCAGGGUCUCCCUCAGCUGGGGGCUGGACCGCAGCACCUGUCUGAGCAGUUAGAGCGUCUUUCUUUUCAGAUCAUGUACAGUAGAUUAUUUAUUUUGUUAUUUUGGAAUAAAAUUUAUUUUAUGGCUUAGGAUCGAUGACCCCCCCCCCCAAGAGGGAGAAAGGGUGGCACGGGAAUGGGGCAGUGGAGGGAAGCUGGCAGUGAAUGGGCAAAGAGAAAAGCAGCAGCAGGGAAGGCCCCCUAAUUCACUCAGAGGACCUCAUGCCCGGGCCUGGGUCCCAGACUCACCCCUGGCCUUUGGGCAAGAUUGGCAGGGUUGAGCCACCAAAGCUAGAGCCACAUACAGAUGUCACAGCCACACAGACCCACGGGGGCCACGGUCCUACAAAAGCUGAGUACAUCUGGGUUAGCGUGCAUUAGAGAAGCUAGCGCAUUCGCU